CAAUCAGCGCUGUCAAAGCAAGUCGUUGACCGUGGCGAUGUAUGUGUUGUGUGGUAGAUGCUACGAGCAAGGCUAGACAGGCAGUAUGGCGGAGGAGGGUAGUGUGAGCGAGUUAGAGGGGCUUGAAAAACAAUUACAGAGUUUGUUGAACCGUUUCUCAAGUGAUGAAUUGCGAGCCGAUAGUAAACCGUUCUGCUCUGACUUUUGCAAGCUGGUGGAGGCGUAUGCCUCUCACUGGCAGGUGCCGCUGCCUCAGCUCAGGAUCCUUGAGAUAGCUCUCUGCUACUUCACUCGAGCCUCCACCUUCUUCACAUCAAACUGUGAUCAUGUUCUCCACACACUCAGUAGUCUGGCCUUGAGUGUUUUUGAGUUGCUGCUGUUCUUUGACCAGAAGGACUUCCAUCAGGAGCCCCUGAAACACUUUACUGUUACAUUCCAGGAAUGUCUUUUGGCCCUUUCGAAGCAUCAGAAUGUUCAUUUACUUCAGGUGGAGCGUUUGGUUCAGGGUGACGGGCCUUGGGCCAGCCCAACCUUACAGGCAAUCCUCAGUGAGUCCAGUUUACCUCAGAGUGAAGUGGAUGGGUGCAUCAGUUCUGAGCUGCCGGUGUUCUUUGAGCUUCGGGUGCACUACCUCUUAUCUUGUGAGCGGGUCAGUGAGGCUAUGGCCCUGGCUAAGUGUUGUGCUUGGCAUCCCACAGCAGGACAACACUUGUUCUUCCUCCAGGUCUACCUCACGUGGCUUUCAAAAACUUCACAGCAUGACAGCCUACACAAAGAGGUGGCUGACCUUAAUGGUAAAGAUGCAAUUCACAUCAUCUGUAGUUUGGAGUGUGAGGAAAAGGAUGAGUUGCUACUAGCCCUCAGCAGAGCCUUCCUCUCCCAGCAGCUCCGCAGGGGAGACAUGUACUACUUGUGUGACCUUGUCUUCGUAUGGAGUAAACUUCAUAGUCGGUUGAAUACAUCCAAGCAAGCUCUACUUGAGGAGAGUCAUCAACUGAUGCUGUCUGCCACCAAUGUCAACUCGAUCUUCCCAUUCAUCAGAGCCAUACUGCAAGAACUGGGUGAAGAUGGUAUCCAGUUCUGCGUGGAGCUUUGUGCUAAUGCCCUGGAGUCUUGCCUUCCCUGUGAUGUCAUCACCAAGUCCCUAAUCUACAAAACCAUUGCUGGCCUGCUACCCAAUGACCUGGAGGUUUGCCGGGCAUGUGCUCUUCUUGUCUUCUUCUUGGAACGCACUGUUGAGGCCUACAAGAUGGUGUACCUUCUUUACAUGCAUCCUGAUCAGGAGUACCAUGUGGAGUACAGCCCCAUCAGAAAUCAUGUUCGCUUCGAAACCCUACAGAUCUUGAAGAAGGACCUGUAUUUUGACCCAGAGUUUUGGAACCUCAUUGCUUUGCGGACCAACUGUUUGAAGCUGAUGAGUGAGAAGGUGGUUAGCGCUGCCCUCGAAGAAAUCAUGGAGGACAGAUGGAUCCUUAACUAUUGCACCAAAGAACCUGCUCUCCAAUCAAGCACAUCAGUAUGUCAAAAAGAAAGUAAAGGGUCACUUCAGGCUGCAGUUAAGAAGCGGCACCAUAAAAAGGACAGACAUCAUAAAGAGGAUACUGACACUGCAUCCAAAAGAUUAAAGGUGGGCCCUGGCAAAACACGGCUAAAUGUUGACAACACUGUAAAGAAGAAAGGCAAGGACGCAUCAUCUGAACCUUUGAGGCGUUCAUUUUGGCAGCUAGACAGACUACAGGACAAUUUAGCCGUUGGGUAUGGAGAACUUAGACGCACUACACGACUCUCCGAGAAGAACCCACCAAAACGGAGGAUUAGGAGACCCAAGUGGCUUCUGGAAGACUCAGGAACUCUUGAAGAAAAUAAUGUUUCUCCGAAGAUCAAAAAGCAUGGGUUGAAACAUCAACAGCACCAUCGAUCCUCUGUCGUAAAGAGGUCUGAAACUGAUCAGAUCAAGAACAAUGCAAAACACAAACCUUCAGUAAACUCUCAUUUAAUGGCAAGGGAAAACAACAGCAAGCACCAGAAAGGAUUUUCUUUGAACCCUCCACAAGUAAUUCUUGAGCUCUCCCUACCAGACAAUGAACUGAUGGGUACGUUUAUUGAGGACACUUGCAACAGACAGAGAGGGUUCCCUCAAGUGCUUCUUUACAAACCUACAGUGAAGCUUCCUGCCACAUCACAACCUGUGAAGACUGUACAUCGCAAAGAGGUGAUUCUUAGAGCGCGGGAUGCAACUAUGUUUGUACAACAGUUGCACUGUUAUGCUCGGCGGCAGAAAGGGAAAGGAAAUGGGUCGAAUAUUCAAGGCUCAGUAUCAACAAUCACACGCUCCUCAGUGCAAGUAAGUCCUCCAAAAGAUCCACAUAGAGAGCUCUGUGAAAAGCCUGCUGCUGAGAUGAAAGGUGGAAUUGCCUCUCUGACACCAACAGCAGCUGAAGUGACAGAAUCCCCAAUUGUAGAAAAAGUUCUUGAAGCUCAAAGCACAGGAAAAGUCUCGCAAACCCUCACAUCAACAAGAGAGCUCCCUGAAAAGCCUGCUGCUGAGAUGAAAGCUAACAAUGCGUCACAGACCUCAGCAGCUACUGAAGUGACAGAAGCCCCAAUGUUAGAUAAGGUUCUGCAAGCUCAAACCAUAGCUUCGGCAAGAGAGCUCUGUGAAGAGUCUGCUGUUGAGAUGAAAGUCACUAUUGCUUCACAAACCCCUAAAGCGGCUCAAUCCCCAGGUUUAGAUAAGGUCUCUAAAGCUCAAACUGUAAAAGACACUUCAAAAACCACAACUUCAGCAGAGGUUUCGCAGACCUCAACUGUAGACAACAAUCAGAUGGUAGAUACUGAUGAAAUCCCUCCAGUCUCCAAUACGGCCAACAUUUCAAUCAAUGGAGCUGCUGAUCCCAUGCCCUCACAGUCUCAAGAUGUUGUUCUUAGAGAUGGGAAACAAGUUUCCGAGGUAGAUGUCACCGACGUUUCACCCAAACUCUCAAAGCGACAUGUGCCUUGUGAAAAUGGACACAAUGACACUGGAGGAACAAUGGUCACUCUAAGUAAAACAGAGGUUACUUAUACACCUACGGAUCAGGACGGUAUAAAUGACAUAUCUGCUCUGACAUUAGUAACGGAAGUGGUUACUGAACUUGCACCUGAGGCACUUGCUCGAGAUCUGGAGCAUCACAAACAGCCAGCUCCAGAGCACAGUGCCUCCAAAUCACGUACUACCUCCAGCUGCUCUGUACCAGAACUGGGGGCCUCUGCAGUUACUGAUGUGCAAGGGAAGAAAGCGGGAAGUCAGGAUAUUACUCCAGAAUCACCUGAGAACAGUGAACCGAUGGAAACACCACCGGAAACAGAGGAAUCCAAGUUGGAGUACUGUUGUACCUUCUGUAGCAAGGUCUUUAAGGGAAGUCGUGUCGUAGCACAUGCCAUGUUCCAUUAUCGUAAAGACGAAUGCAUGUUCUGUGGGACGAUGUUCAAAGAUGACCUCUUGGCCAUGAUGCACCUGUCUGAUCAUAUUGAGAAGCUGAAGAGGAGCAAAGAGUCAGCUGGUAACAACGCCCAAGAAAACUGGGACUCUGAGACCAAAGAUAUCUCCACACCUAAGACCUCUGCCAAAGCUAAGUCCACAAACAUGUCUUCUGGGCGCCGUAGUAGUGGGAGACAGAGAAAAUCUGCUGUUUGUCCUAAAUCAAUAAGCCUUCCAGAUUCAACCCCAUCCGCAUCCAGAAAGUUAAGAUCCAAUGACAAGCCAGUGGAUGGUCCAUCUUUACAAGGAAAGAAAGAAAACACGUCAAAGCACCUUAAUAGUAAAACGCCUGUUCAUAAGGUAAAUGGGCAUAUUGGCAAAAAGAGAGAGCUUGAUGAACUGAAAAACGACAACUUAAACUCGAAAGCUAAGCAGCCACUUACACAGCAGGAGAUCUCUCAAGAAAGAACAAGUUAUGAAGCUGAGAAUCCCAGGUUGCAAGAAAACCAAGAUAUAGAGAUGGAUUCCUCUGCAACAUCGGCUCAGGUAGACAAAGAGUUUGGCCGUUCCACUGAAGGUAGUAUGAAGGAGACUGAAUCUCUGCAGGUCCUGAAGACAGCCACAAAACAAGAUGGGAAAGUUGUUGAAGAGAAAAAUGUGGAGCCACAAGAGAAAGUUUGCUGUCCUGUGGAUGGUUGCGCUUGGUUUACAGACCUGUCAAAAAACCGUGUAUCACUCCUAUACCAUGCUCUCGAAGAUCACUAUGGUGAGGUCAAACCUUUAGAACUGGCGUUCCAUGUCGGAAACAGCAGAUGUAGUGUUUGCAUGAGGGUUUUGUGGAGUUUUAAACAUUUUCAGCACCAUGUUGAAAGACACAGACUCGCUCCUCGGCAUCCUUGCCCUCAUCAGGGUUGUACUGCAAGGUUCAAAACCGGAAUGGAAAUGAGACGCCAUGCCAGAAGGCACAGUCCGCUGCAGGCAGUGUGCUGCCACCCUGGUUGUUCUCAACUAUUUAUUUGUCUCUGGGCACUGAACCUUCAUGAACGAGAACACUAUGCUUCCAAACCCAGUAAACCAGACAAGAACACAAAUGAGCAAACAGGUGACAAGCAUAAUAACACGCCGGUUGGGAAGAAACAACUGGAUCAUGAGCCACAGGAUGAAACUGCUACCACUACUGUAAAUAAGACUGUGAGUGUAAAGGCUGCUCGUAAGUCAAGAGAACAAGCUACAUGUAACUCAUCCACAGGAAAACAUGUUAAGGCUCCUCCUCCCACCACAGAGGAGCACAGAGCAUCUCUGUUGAAGCAGGAGUUGAAAGAGAGCAGUGAGACAAAGGAUUCACAUGUCUUGAAGAAUCUUUCUAACAAGGACGCCUCGGCACAGCCCACUGUCCCUAAUCUGAGAAUAAGGCAAAUGUUAAGAAAGGUUAAAGUAACAAAUACAACCCUGGCAGCUCCCAAAACUCACAAAGUCAUCUCAUCAUCAUUGUUGAAACACAAUAUCAAAGUGAGGCAUAAGUUAAAGAAAAAGCAGGUCAAAGUAAACACAAAAGGUCUUAAAAGAGGGCGUCCUCCUAAGUCAAAGGAAGCUGUGUAUGAUGAAAACACUACUGGUCAAAACAAUGAAACUGUCAAAGAAAAAGCGCCUCUGCAGAAGGAUCAGAAGAGCCCUGCUCAGCUUGCAAGCCCCUCUAAAGCUGCAGAGACCUCAAAUGUGAACGAGUUAAAAGAAGGAAAAAGUCGGCAGGUCCAAGAUGCAGUCAAAACUACAGAAACAUCAAAGACAAAAUCAAAGAAAUCAAUCAGCAAGCAGUUUCAGAAGAAUCAUGUUAAACAAAAGGGGGUCUCACAUAAUACAGCUAUGGUGACAGAUAACAGUUUAAAUCAAUCAAUCACCACCACCUCAGCAGAUAAAACACAAAAGUUAACCACUGACAAAAUGAAGAAACUGCAUAAAGCAAAAAAACGCUCCGCUCCUACAGAAAACGGUAGUCAAACUGCUUCUUCAGACUCAAGCAAGUCAAAGAAGCACAAGGUUACAAAUAGCAAAGCCGACACAGAGAUUGUCAAGAAAACAUUUCCUCUCAAAGAACCACAGUCCGCCUCGAAAAAACCUGCCAAGUCAAAAUCUGUUGUCCCACAGGUUGAGGCCAAAGCAGCAGCAGUAGAAGGUUCUGCUGAUGAGGAAGGAAAAGCAAAGGCAGAAAACACAGACUCAACACAAAACAGCUCUGGUAAUUCUGUGUCUGCUGUCCCAGCUAACAGUUUAAAUAGGAUAACUGCACCACCCAUCACCUCAGGAGAGAAAACACAGAAGGUAACAACAGAAGAAAAGUUAAAGAAAUCACUCAUUGUGAAAAAAGAAGGAAAGAAAAAUAACGCUGCUUCUUCAGACUCAGGCAAGAAAAAUAAGAAGCACAAAGAUAUUAAUAAAAAAGGGGACAAAAAAACGGUCAAGGAAAGACGGCCAUGCAAAGAUGCUAGCAAGACUGCUUUGAAAAAGACAGCCAAGUCAAAAUCUGUAGACAAACAGGUUGAGGCUAAAGCAGCAGCAGAGAGCUCUCCUGAUGUGGAAGGAAAAGCAAAAGAAGAAACAUCAGGUGCAACACUGGACACCUCCGGUUCCUCCAUCCCUAGCAGCUUAAAUGAAAUUACUUCUCCACCCACUGCCACUGAAGAGAACACACAGAAGGUAACAAAAAAGGUCAAAUCAAAGAAAUCUCAUGUCACGAAAAACUCAGACCCCGACAAAGCAAAUAAGCGCAAGGAUAUUUAUAAAGGUGACGAAAAGACUGUCAAGAAAAAAUGCAAAGAUCAGGGUGGUCCAUCAGCAUGUAAGAAGCGUGCAAAGUCAAAAACUGAAGUCCAACCGCUCACCGAGGUCAAAGCAGAGGUAGUGGAGAGCUCUGUAGUUGAGGAGGGAAAAACUUUAGCGGAAACACCGCAAUCCACAAUUAGGCGCCCUGGUUACUCUGUAAUAAUGAAUGGACAACCGGCACGUGAGGAUGUAAAAUCUACGGUGUGUAAGGACACUCUUGCAGAGUAUGGUAAGAGGCCAUACAUGCGUCUGCCACCUACAGCAUAUCUGGAUGAGAAGUACAUCACCAUGCCAAAACGGAGGAAGGAGAUGUCGGUUUUCCCGUCUUUUCAGAGAAGCCCCCCUCUCCAGCAGGCAAAGGUUACAACAGCUCUGCAGAGACAACGGUGUGCCAACUGUUUUGCUACUUUCAACAGUGCUGAGGAUCUGCAGAGUCAUCUCCAACUGCAUAAGUGCUCAAACCUCUUUGGAUUUGACUCUGAUGACGAGGGCAACAGUUGAACAUGUCUAAUUAAGUCAAAGUGAUUUGACAUUUUGGAUGCAUAAUAGACGGAACUGUGGACCUGCAUGGAGCCCCUGGAUGGAUCAUACCUCACCAGAUCAGUGCUCUCUGGAUGACUUGUUCAUUACUGUGGGCAACGAGUCGUGCAUAUGGAGACUGAGAACUGAAAGGGUUACCUGACUUUUGCUGCAGCAUGUGCCUGUAACGUAAGGCCCGGGAGCGGCCAGAACACGUGAACUAGCCAAUCAAAGUGAACUGACUCCCGUUCAGACUGUUAGCAGAACAGCUAGUACUGAAGUGCCUGCUCUGGAACCGUCGUGCUGUUGCCAGAUGCUUCACCUGGUAUGGAGAUUAAGCAUUGUGGCUUAAAGGGACAGUUCACCCCAAAAUCAAAAAUACAUAUUUUUCCUUCUUAGCGUAAAAAAAAAAAUAUUUGAAAGACUCUUUCCAGAAAUCAUGACCUGGUGACUCAAGAUAAUCCACAGACUUGGCUGUGAGCAGUUUGAUGCAUUUAUAUCAAACUGCUCACAACAAGAUCUCAGUUCCAAAACUCGGCAACUCACACCAAAACAAUCUAGAUGGAUAAAUAGCCCUACAGGUAAGAGGAAAAAUAUGUAUUUUUGGUUUUGGGGUGAACUGUCCCUUUUUUAAAGACUGGACUCUUGAAAGCUGUGGGGGGGGAAACUGACGCAAGAAGACAAGGCUGCUCCUGCUAUCACUAGGAUACAUAUUUUUCACAUCAGUAAGCCAUAUAAUGCUAUUGUUUGCUUUUUGCACUCUUCUCAUAAGAUUUCUCAGUCAAUUUCUUUCUGCUUAAAGUGAUGGGGAUUGUACAAUGAAUGAAGCGUCUAAAAACUCAUGCUAUUUUAACAUCUUAACAUUACAUAUAAUUUAGACUGAGUCUAAACUUUGAAAAGCUGUAAGAUUGCUGUAUCAUCUUUGGGAAAUUUGUAUGUAUAAUUCUUUAAAUACUAAUUAUUUCUUACACAAAGGGUUGAUUAGGCCUGUGCUUGUCCUCACCAUGAGUAACCAGUAGGGGUCAGUGUGCACCAAUCUCAAUCUCUUCGUCAUGUUAACAGAUUUAUUUUUUCCUCUUGCAAAACAUAAAAUAGUGUUUGCUCUUUUUGCAAAAGAAGGAUUUCUACAUACAAAGCUGCUCCACUGUAUUGUACUGUGUACAGAGUCAAGAAGUGGCUUCACUUCCAAUCACAUCCAUCAAGCUGUAUUUCCUUUAGCAAUAACAAACAACAAAAUGUGCCAGUAUCCCACUAAUGUUUUCUGUCACUGAUCAUGUUCUGUCUGUUAUUCGCUGUCAGUGGAGCAGCUGACAUUCUGGCUUAUAUUUUAUCACUUAAACAUGGAUUUUUCAAUUUUAUCUUUACUGAACUGUCAAAGACUGUGAUUUCUCUUUUAAGAUGACUGUUCUCUUUUAGGAUUCCCUUCAAAGAGAAACGGAUCGUAGUAAACUAUAACAGUUUAAAGUGUUACCGGGAGGCGGCACCAGUCUUUAAUUAGCAGCAGCAGGUUAUAUUUAUUUAUGUUUUAUUUUCUAUCUUUUGUAAAUAUUUGAAGAGUUUCAAUGGCUUAUUAUAUAAGGGGGUGUUGAAGCCGGGUUUAUAUUUUGUUCCUGAAGAAAAAAAUAAAACAAUUCAAAUUGCA